UUCACUGAUUGCAAAUUGAAUGAUAGAUUGCUUCACCCAAAAACUUCAUAUAAUCUUCAAUUCGUCUGCUUGUCUCCGAACCACCGCCUGCUGGCUGGUGUGCCAUCCAUCCAUCCGUCGGCACCCACCACGCACGUCUGUGUGCUGCCUGCCCGCCUGGCUGCCUCUCUGCCUGGGUGUCACCAAGUGAGUGAGUGAUUCAGAAAGAGUGAGUCGUGCUGCCUUAGCCAUUCGGAGGCAUCACCCACACACACACACACACGCACAGAGGACAAGAAAAGGGAAGACCAGCGAGGACAGGACGAGACAGACAAGGCAACACGAGAGGAAACAAGGUAGACAUGCAGCAGGCAGCCGACCGACAGGUAGGCUGGAGGUCGUGCGCCGUGUGUGCUGAGUGCUGAGCUGAGCUGUGACGUACGUCAUUCCUUCAUUCAUCCAUCAGCCAUGCAUCACAUCGAUCCACCCAUUCCAUUGACUAGUGAAUCACUCCACAUGCACCACGCAAUGCAGCACACACACACACAAGACAGUCAGCAAGACAGUCAGUCGGACCAGGCAGCGCACAAACUUCAUAGUUGGCACAGCUGGCUGCAGGCAGAUGAAUGAAUGAGUCGAUGAGCACACAGGCAUCCAGGCAGGCAGGCAGGAGUUGCGCUGGAGUGGGUGGGCGAUCCAAGUACAUCCAUCCAUCGCGGAGACAGACCAUCCAUCCAUCCAUCUAUCCAUCCCUAUCGCCAUCGUCAAUUCUGCCUGGCAAGUAUUAGAGUCAGUGGCAAGCAAACAAGUCACAGCCCCGCCCCCGUUCGGAUCCCGACCAGCAUGGCACAAAUACUAGUACGUACGUCCACGUGUGUAAUCGAUGAUGCAUUCAUGCAUUCAAUGCAUUGGAUGGACCAGACCACUCUGCUCCACCCGUCCACUUAGUCCAUGCCUCUGGCCUGUCCUGCCUGUCGUGCCUGCCUUUCUCCCGUGAAGGAUCCCUCCCCUCCCUCCCUAGCUGGCCAGGCCUUUGGUGUGUAUGUGUGUGAAUGUGUCAGUCGAUGUGGUGUCAGUCAGUAUGUAUGUGUGUCGUGUGCAUGUGAUGUGUCCUGUGUGUGUGUACAUGCAGAAAGGACCCACCCACGGAGCAGCGGUGGGGGAGGCAGGGACACAAGAGGGAGGGAGGGAAAUUAAGGGCUCAGUCAUGUCAUGCGAGGAAAAUUACACAGAGGCAUGCAGGCGGGCAGGCAGGCGGGCACUUCAUUCAAUCCAUCCAUCCAUCCGUCCAGAUCCAUUGCGUCGAUCUCGCAAAAUGAUCCAUCAUCCAUCCAUCACGGUGACUAAAAAUACCCAGCUAGCUGCGUGACUGACUGUAUGUAAGGGAUGGAGUGAGAGAGAGGCAUCCAAUCAACCGCUCACUCGCGCAUUCCUCUGCUCCUUCUCUCUCCUACCGACCUUUCUUCUUCCUUGUUCCUUCUUCCUCCAUCAAAUGCAUUCGUUCAUAAGCCGCUGGAGAUAGAUGGCCCCUCUCUCUUUCAAAUGCGUCCACAGACAGACAGACAGACAGGCAGACAGACAGGCAGACAGACAGGCAGACCACACACCAUUUGUUGGUUGUUAAAUAGCACCCACAUUCACAUUCACAUUCACCUUCACAGUCACACGGGCACAACAGGCAUCCAGGAAGUCAUUCAGGCAGGCAGGCAGGGACGUGAAAGCAGCUGAGCCAUCUACCCAGCACCAAUCAUACGUACAGGCUUGCACGGAGGUACGUGUACAUGUCGAUCGACCAUUGAAUGAAGAAUGAAUGAAUCGUGAAUGUCUCCCAUCGAUGGCUAAGCGUCAGUAGACAGAGAGAGCAUCGAGUGAGAAAGGUAAGCGCUAUCUCUACCUAGGUAUAGCAGCUUUGCUAAUUGGCUGGAGGGAGGCGGCAGGGCAUCCAUCGUGUGAACCAUGGCCGGUGAAUCGACGCACUCACGCACACAACCACGCAUCAACCACUGAAUGAAUGAAUGCUGCAGGCACUGAGGGUGCGCCGUUUCAAAAACAAAAGAGGGAGAGAAAAACGCUGAACCCUUGCUUCCUUCAUGCAUUCCCAUCGCCGUCCAUCGCCAGUCGAUCGACCCCUUCAUCGUGUGCCAUUGCCAUCCAGCACACAUGGACAGGACACCCUCCCACCCACCCGAGACCACCCGACACACCUCACUGACUGACACAGUACACACACUGAUCUCGAUGAAAGGAAAAUGAAUCAACAGCGUCUAUGUCUUUGGUCUUUCUCCCUUUCUCUCUGUCUUUCUGUUUUUCUGUUUUCUCGAAUUCGCUCGCUCGUUCGUCCACAUGAAUGCGAUGCGACACAGAGACAGACAGACAGACAGAUGAUAAGACAGCCCCAGCACCCACCCCUUACAUAGAAGAGAGUAUCCAUCCAGGCAUCCAUCCAUCCAGGCAUCCAGGCAUCCAGGCAGACAGACAGACAUGCAGCACACGAACAACAGAAAGGCGACGACCGAGCGAGCGUUAGGUUAUGGUAAAAAACACUUGUUCUACAGCUGACGGACUUCUGACUUCUGUGAGGGAGCGGCGCAAACAGAAAGAGAACCAAGGCAACGCUGCGCGCUGACCUCGGCCGACUCCCCCACUCCCUCCCUCCCUCCCUCCCUCCCAUCCCCCCUUCCCCCCUGUGUGAGUGUGUGUUCCCUCAUGUGCGUCUCACCACAGUUUGAGUGGGAUUCAACGCACACUGAGAGAGAGACAAUUACAGACAGACAGAGACGGGCAGACAGGUGAAUCAACGAGCGAGCGAAUUAUGGCCUGACUGACUGACAUGUGGUGGAAAGAAAAAGAUCGGAUCAACACGGCAAGCCGGCAACGGGAUGAGUAGACAAGGGGAGGGGGGUAAAAUUACGCAUCGACCGUGUGUGGCGCAUGGCAUGCAGCAGCAGCAUUUGUCGACCGAAGAAACGAGUGUUGCGGACAUUUGCUAGGUGGUGUGUGUGUGCUUCCCGAAUUAGGCAGCCAGCUGUGUGUGUGUGGGUAUAGGAACAGGUGAACAAUGGCAGCCAUCCAGCCAUCCAAACAGCGGGCAGCAAAGGCACUCAAUCUCUUCCCCCCUCCCCUCCGCCCCUCCCUCCCCCCCCUGUGUCCAUGUGAGUGAGUGAACGAACGGAUGCUUGUCUAUACUACUACUACUACCAAACCCCCCGUCAGCCUACUGAAAUACAGUUGACCCGCUGGUCGGUCUACGCAUACGCAUACAACGACGGACGGAUAAAACCCACCCGGCCAGCCGUCACCCCACCCCCGCCCUCUCUAUCUCUCCCCUCUCUUUCUCCCUCCCUCUCUCUCUCUCUCUCUCUCUCAUUGCUCACUCUCGCGCAUACGUCGGAGUGCAGUGCAGUGAACAAACGACUGCUUUUGCCAUUGAUGGACCACGGAAAAACGCCCUGGCGGUAUACCAUACCUAUCUAUCUGCCCGUCUUCCUCUCUGUCGGUCUGUCUGUCUGGCCGCAUGUGUGUUGGCUGGUAACACAAACACAGACACCCACACACACAGGUACGCAUACAGAUCGUAUCGUGGGUGGCCCUCCCUCCCUCCCUCCCUCUCUGUGUCUGUGUCGAUGUGGGUGUCCAGGUGGGUGUUCCCACAAGUGUGUCUGGGUAGGAUGGGGUGGUGGGUGGUGUGAGGGGUGAGGGACGUGACGAGGGCCAAAAAGUUGUCAAGCGAGUCACACGCGCACACGGAUGCGGUGCAGGCAUCCAGGCCACCUGAUAACUCCCGCAAACAACGAGAGGCACGGCACGCAGACAGAGAGGAAAGAGAGAAACCAACUUCGGCCGGGAGCUGAGCUGCAUGCCAUGCGCUGCGUGUCUGUGUAUGUAAGGGUGCUGUGUGUGUGGGGGGGGGCGAAACAACGAAAAGCGAGUGACACUUCUCCCUCCAUGCCGGUCGUCAUUGUGGACAUCAUCAAUUCGUGUAUACGUGUCAGUCAGUCAGCCGGGCGGAUACAGAUCAUCCCUUUCUCUCCCCUCCCCCCUCCCCCUCCACUCACCUCUCCCUCCCCCCCAUGUGUAAAGUGGCUCUCAUGGCAGGCAGGCGGGAUGGCGCGUGUGCAGGUCUGCACUGGCCAGCCGCCGACGCAGAGACAGGAGACCCCUGAGUGAUGGCGUGUCGAGGAGUGUGCCCCAUGGUAGAUAGAAAGGCAGACGUACGUAGACGUACAGAGAACAAACAAGGCGGAGACCAAAACAGAGCCGGCCUCCCGCCCACCCAUCCCUACUGCCCGACUCAUCAUGACACAGCUGACUGACUCCCUGACCGACUGACUGACUGAUCGGGCGAGUGGGUUGGCGAGCAGACAGGCUUAAAUACAGACAGAAUCCAGCCAUCGCAUCCAGCCACACACACAGAGAUAGACACACACGGAGAGGAGACCGAUAGAUAUCCAGAAAGACACCGAACCGAACGAACACACCUAGCUAGGCAGGCAUACACAACACAAAGCCAGACAGCCACACGCACACAGAGACACACAGACGUCACGAUUGCUUGAAUGGGAUAAAUCCAUCCAUCCAUCCAUCGAUGCAGUGUCAUGCAGUCAGUGCUUGGUGUCUCCUUGGGUGUCUCCCAUAUUAUUGAGACACCACCACCCAGCACACACCACCACCACCAACACCAGCAGCCAGGAAAAGGAGAGAAAUACAUCUCAGCUCACUCAUUCAUCCAUUCAUCCAUCCAAUUGCCUGAAGAGAGUUAGUUUGUUCCCGACUACCAUUCAUGAUGUUUUGGAAAGCACUUAACAGAAGACUUAGACUUAGUGAGCUAGCCGGGAGGUGACAAAGCGAGCUGAGCGUUAGGGUAGAGAAAUACAUAUGGAUGUGUGUGGGUUUGUGUGUGGUUGUGGGUGGGUGUGUGUGUCUAUGGAGAAAAACAAGACAAAGACAGACAGACAGACGCACAUCGCAUCACAUACAGCCGUCCCUCCCUCCCUCAUCUGUGUGUGUGUGUGUGUGUGUGUGUCUCGCUGGACAUAGUACAUAUGCCUCCCCACCCCACCACACACACACACACCAGAGGCGCGCAUUGCAUUGUUCCGACUUCCAUCCAUCCAUCCAUCCAUGUUUCCUUCUAAGGGAGUCCAGUGUUGGUGAGUCAGUCAGUGAGUGAGUUGAUUGUGCAGGCAGGCACAUACGGACCAUCAUCUUCCUGCUUAAUUGACAUGCACACACAACCCCAGCCCGCCCCAGCCCAAAUGCACCCACCCAUCCAUCCAUCCAUCCAACCAAUUCUCCUUCCCCCCUCCCCCUCCCUCUCUCACUUUCUCACUAGGUGCGCUGCCCAAUCAUUGUGACAGCCAUGGUCCCAGCCCACCCCGUCCAGUCCACCAACAUAACACCCAAGGGAAACAUGCCCUUCUCUUCUCGUAUCUUCUUCUCAGCCGAUCACACAUUCCAUCCCCCUCCAAUCUCUCGCCCUUCCUCCUCCUCCUCUCCCUCCCUCCCCAUCUGUGCCGUCCCCUCUUUCCAGGGACGCAUCAACGCACCCACCCCAGCCGUCCAGCAAGCACCCGCUCAUCCCUCACAUGCAGCACGUGUCCCCUCCCCCACCCCCGCAGCCAUCUAUCUGGUCAUUGUCAAUGACAUCGCCAUCGGCAGCAUGGUCGGCGAAGCUCACGAGAGGCGUGGGAGCUCCCAUAGACACCUCACUUUUGAGCCGCGACGGCAGCCGGUAGAUGGUGGGCGGGGUGGGCGUGUGCGGCAGCACGCCCUCUCUCUGCUGGGGCGGGGAGGGGGAUGCCGCCCGGGAGGCGGCGGGAGUGGGGGUGAGAGGAGGCGGGAUGAUGCCCUGCAGACGCAGCUCCAGCAGCAGACCCUCCAUCGACAGACGGGCCGACGAAUCCUAUACACACACACGCGCAGACAAUGCCUUGUCUGUCUGUCUGUCUGUCCGUAUGUCAGUGUGUGCACACUGAGUCAACCGCACCUUCUGCAGUAGCCUCUUGACGAUGCUCUUGAGCACCAGCGAGUAGUCGCUUGGGAAGGCCUUCUUGGAGAAGGGGUCCCACUCCUCCUCACCCAGCCCGCCCAUUGCGCGCAUGGCGUUGGGCCCGCACACGUCCCGUCGCCUCAGCUGCGGGUGCUGGUGGGGGUGCAGGUGGGUCAGGCAGCACAGCUCGAACAGCACGCACCCGAGCGCCCAGCAGUCGGACUUGUCAGUGAGAGGGUCGCGGUGGGCCAUCUCGGGCGACAUGUAGUGGGGCGUGCCCUGCGGACAACGCACCGGACUCAGAGAGGCUGACCCCUGACAAAACACACAUAGCACAGAGAGGGGCAGUGUGUGUGCGGGAGGGAGGGAGGGAGGGAGGGAGGUUGUGUGUGGCACCCACCUGUCUGAUCUCCCGUGCAAUGCCGAAGUCGCCGAGUUUGAGGCUGCCCUGUGCGGUGAGAAAAAUAUUGUCGCUCUUGACGUCGCAGUGCAGGAUGUUCUGCCGGUGGAUGUAGUCGAGCGCCGACGCCAGCUGGGAACACCACUCCAGGAUCUGCCUCUCGCUGUACCGGCCGCUGCCGCUGCUGCCACUGCCGCUGCGGGAGGUCUUCUCGAUGUCCGAGAAGAGGUCCCCGCCCUCGCAGUACUCCAUGACGAUUACCAGGGUGCAGUCGUCCUCGUUGAUGUAGCUGUCACGGUACUUGACGAUAUGCGGGUGGUCGAGCCGCUGCAGAAUCGCCGCCUCAGAGAGCGCCUCCUCAACGCCGUCGCGGUCCAUCUCUGACAGGUCGAUGACCUUGGCCACCCAGAGGGUUCCGUCCCCACAGGAGCGCACCAGGUGGGAGCACCCGAACUGCCCCUGGCCGAGCACCGACACGUGCUCGUAGCCAUACUUCUGGAAAUCUGCGUUCAGAUUCCGCGGCGGGAGCGACAGGGAGAGCGUCAGAGGGAUGCUGAUGCUCGUGGCCGACGUCGACGGCGCCGUGCUCUGGUGGCACAUCGAUGCCGGCCCCAGUGAGGAGCACGACCCCUCCUUGCCGCCACUCACCAGCCGACACAGCGGGCUGGACGGCGAUGGCGACGACGGGAGGGUCGAGAUGCAAGAGCGACCGCUCGCGAGGCUGCCGAAGCCGGCGAUGGGCGGGGACGAGACGGUGUGGGUGACGGAGGAGACGCCCUCGGACGAGAGGCAGUCGUCGCGCUCGGUCCAGUUGUGGUGCGUGUGCAGGGGGAUAGAGAGGGGGAGGGGGAUGGGGAGGGGCGAUGGUGCGGCGGUGGGGAUGGGGAUGGGCCGGGGGGUGCCGCUCCCCGGCGGGGACGGCGGGGCGUCGCACUCGUGGUCGGCCUCAGUGCUGCUAGCGAUGCGGUGGCAUUUCCUGGACCGGCCGAAGCCGAAGCCGAAGCAGGACAGAAGGGAGGGGGGACCGCACCUCGCCGAGCGCUUCAGGGUUGCAGCCUGGGUCGCUCGCCUCGCGAGCGCUCACCAACACCCUGGCGAACGCUCGGAGGCUACGGUGGCGACGCCGGCCUCAUACAGAUCGACGAUAGACCGGACCGGCGUGAGCUCCAGAGAGCAGAGAGAGAUCCCGCCGACCGCCGCGACGGUGAAUAAAUGAUCCAGGUGGCUGCAGAGCAAACAGUUGCCUCGUCGGUGUGGUGGGGUGCUGAUGGGGCAGAUGGAGUGAGAUGGGGAGGGGUAGCGGUGCUGUUACGGCGUUGCCGGAAGAGACGAUGUGUGCGUCCCGUUGGUGUCGCCGAUGUGCUCCUCCUCCAGCGUCACAUUUGUCGCCGUCCCAUCACCUCUCCAUAUGGG